AUGACUAUCUCAUUCUCCGUUCUGGAAGAACCCGCUCCGACCAAUGGAGAAGCAUCGGUUGAUGCUCCCUCAACAAACUAUGGUUCUUUGGAGUCUGUUGCUCGUCUACUUACCUUCAACCGUCUCUGUCUUUACCGUCUCAUCCCCAGCUACGUAUUCGCCAUGGACUGCGCAACUCCCACCCACCUCACCACUCUCCGACAACCCCAACAACCUCAGUUUUACUCGACAUCCUCCAUCGCAGACUUCGUUCACACCAACCCGACGAGCCCCACGCAAUAUUCCCCGAGCCAAAGGCAUAAAACCGGUCGAAAGACCUGGAAAUCCCUCAAGGAGAAGAAGGAAGCUGUCUGGCCAGACUUCCUGGAGGAGGCGCUCCUCGAAGCCCUCGAGCGAUACCGACCCACCUCUUCCAAGGACCCCCGCUUGUUGCGUCGCUUCCCCAAGCGAAACGCUUUCAUUUCCAACUACAUCAAGCAGAAGACUGGCAGGAGCCGGACUCCUAAGCAAGUCGGAAGCCGGCUCCAGCAAUUACGCGAGACCUGUACUGAAGAGCGAGUCAUUCGCCUGAUCUGUUCGCGUGACUUCGAUGCCCCCGAUCGUAUUGCUGCAGCGCAGGCGCCCUCCAAGAUAAUCCCGGACCUGCGUAUCAACACCAGCCUCCCGCUCUCCUCCUCCACUUCUUCCGGUACUGAGUCUGCCAUAACCACGUCUCAGUCAGUCGAAUCGCUGACACUCGUCGAUCCCUUCGAAUACCCAGUCACUCCUUACUCCGAUGAAUUCGAGCAACGCACUCCCCAGCCCCCUCACGACAAUUCAUGGCCUCACGCCUACGUUCACAUCGACCUUGUGGCUUCUGGCGAGCACUAUGGAGCCGUCGCCCAGGAAUUCGCGACGGCCUUUACCCUGGACCUCGACGAAUCCGGUCUUACCGAGAACCCCGUUCUCACUGGACCAGACGCAUGGAAGUGGCAACGUCGCAUCUCCGUCCCUACUGCCCUCCCUGCGUGCUAUUAUACCCCGUCCGUGACCGUCAGCUCGUCCCUUCUGGCAUCCAAAGGUCGAUACGAGUCAGUCUUCCGUGUUCAACGCGACCACAAGCUCCUCUUCGAGGAAGUCACGGAGCUGGAGCGAGUCUCCGAAGACUCUGUUCGGCCUUCGCUCUUUCGUACGACCCUCCUUCCCAAGUUCUGGGGGAGCAUCUCAGCCAGAUAUUCUGACCUGCGCUCAUGCACUGUUAUUCAAGACAUUCAUGAAUUCACGCCCACGGGGGAGCGCGGCCCUAAGCCUAUUUAUUCCAUCAUCUACAACUUCGACGGCUCCUUCCCUCUGGAUCAAGUCGACACUUCUUACUUCCCCUCAUACCCGAGCUCCGUCCAAGAUGAGCGCAUUCCUCUGGCUCCUAUCCUCACCAACCCCACCUGUUCACCCGAUCUUCUGCACUACGACUACGACACUAGCGACAUCUCUCUCCUCCCUCCUCUGUCCGCCGGAGACCAGGUGGCGACACCGACCUCCCAGUGGAUGAACCCGAUGUACCUCUCGAACAACUACUACUCGGCAAAUCCAUUUGCUAUGGGCCCUGAACAACCUGGUGGAUUCUUGGACACCGACCAACUUUCCUACCCCACUCUCUGCCCCUUCUAA